CCGCCCCCGGAGGCGCGGGUUUAAAGCUCUGGAAGCAGGGAGCGCUAGAGUCCGCCGCCAGCCGCACAGCCAUGGCCCGGCAGCCGGGGGGCGCGCGGCUGCUGGGUGGCCUCCUGCUCCUUGCCCUGCUUGCCGCCGGCGCGGCCCCCCUUGGCUGGGAUCUCCCGGAGUCCCGCGGCCGAGCCAUCAAGACCCGAGUGUACCCACGGGGCAACCUCUGGGCCACCGGUCACUUCAUGGGCAAGAAGAGCCUGGAGCUGGCUGGCCCUGCUCCACUGGGGACUGUUUCCCCUGCCAGCCCACGGGGCCAGAGGCUGCAGCUGAGUCACGAUCUGCUCGGGGUCCUGCUGCUACAGAAAGCUUUGGGCAUGAGCGUCAGCAGCCCCGCAGUCCAGGCCCAGGUGAGCCACGCCCUGCCCAGCACUGGGGCCAGCAGGGCUCAGCCAGUGGGGGGAACCAUCACUCAGUGUUGGACAUACAGCUUGGUGAUGGCUGUGGAGCCCAGGUCCUCCCUCUAGUCAGGGGCUCAGAGAGGGGAACAUUGCAACAAGGAAGCUGACCCCCCGCCCCAGCAGACAGCCAUGCACAAGCCCCUGCCCCUCCUCCACCCGACCACUGGCAGGAUCUCCUGGUCCUGACAACUUUGCCCUCCCUACCACGUGCCCCCUGCUGCACUGACCACAUCCACCUUUACUGGGCCCUGCCCAGACUUGUAGCUAGAACUGGAACCCUGAGGCCUAGAGAUGUAGAGGGAAGCCAGCAGCCAAGCCAACACCUGGGCCUUCUUUUGUCUUGACCGUGCCCUUGGCAUUCCCGCACGGGCCUCUCAUAGCCAGCAGCAAGGCUUUGGUUAUAUGCAGCAUCUCUGAUCACCGCCCCCUCCCCUGAAGGGGCCUGCAGACAUCCCCAGAUGCCCCGUGGGGUGGAGAGAAGGGGAAGGUGCCUACAUUAUUGUGGGCUGUAAACCACUGACCCCACGCAAUCCAGCUGAGUGGUGGCCCUGGCUCCUGCUCCCAUCUCACCGUGAACCAUCUUACCUGGGACUUGGGGCCAUGCGUGGAAGGCAGAAUGAGAGCCUUGGGCUCCUCAUCACCCUGCUCCUUGGUAGCUGUGUGCCCCUAGGAAUGUCUCCACCCUGUCCCCUUCAUCUAAGAGAUGCAGAGGGUAACGGGCCUUCUCCCAGCCAGGGAGAUCAUUUAUGUCAUGUGCCCAGAACACCUCGGAGGAGUGGGAGCUGCUAGCAGUGCUUACUGCCACCUCCCCUUCACACUCUCUCUGUGUCUGGCAUGGAGUAUGCACAUUAUGGAACCGGACAACAACAGCAUUUCCUGAGCAAUCCCAGCAUCUGCCUCCAGCCCCAGCCAGCACCCCUGCCUGUAGCCCAAAGCCUCCUGCCAGCUCUCCAAGGGCUCAGGUGGGCGGACUGAGAGUCCCAAGGGCACCUCAGAAGGAGC